AGGUGGUACCAACAACGGGCUUCAGACGAAGCUGCUGGCCAUCGGUGGAGUGGCAUCGCGGUGCUGGUUGUUGGCCAGGUUCGAGCUGGCACAGAAGACCGUGUGACCCGCAACAUCCACCAGCAUGUGUUCCAGGCGAUGCCAACAUCGCGUCAUCACAUCUUCGCGGUUCUGGAGUUUACUCAGAGUGGCUUCACGUGGCGCGGGCAGAACCACAGCAAACGUCACUACAGCAGAGAUUUCACUGACGAGCAGGUUAAGGAAAUGCUGGCCAAGUACGGAGGUAACUACACGUUGGCGGAGUGGACACUGGAAGAUGUGGAACGAGAGAAGGACGUGUACUCAAGUUGCACCAACCAGGCAAAAGCAGGCCUGGGCUUGGCCCAGCAGUACCUGAAGUUUGCUCGAGCUUUGGAGCUGAUGCGCAAGCAUGAAGAAGCAGACGGUCAGCGCUUUUCCCUGGUGCUCAGGAUUCGACCAGACAUUAUGUACAUUGGCAGCGUGGCGUCGGCUCUGCGAUACCGCCUUGAAGAAGCGACAGCUCCAGUGAAUUCCACGAUCCCCUUCGUGUGCGGUUCAAUUGGAGGUGGAGGUGGUGAUGCAGUGUUGAUGGUGGACAGAUCUGCUGCGACUGUCCUGGGCAACGUUUGGCGCUCCCUUCGUGGUUGCCGCCUCGAAAACGUGGAUGACUGCCAGUCUUGGCCAGCAAUCUUUGGAGCUUGCCUGGCUCGUCCGAGUCCGAGACACUUGCGCAAUCUCGUCCGGGAGCAGUGCGAGCACGGGUGGGCUCCGGUGUUUCUGCGUCAUGGUGUCCCGCUCCCGGGCUUCCACAUGGCCGCACUAGGAACUCUGACUGUGGCAUCAGCGGAAUUAUUGCGGAGCCUCCCCGCGGGCCUCCCAACAGGUGAGUUGCACCACCUACAAGAUGUGGAUACAGCCGGCGGGACAUCAACGCCUUGGCCUGAUUGGAAGAAUGGCGACGAAGGUGGCGACGACAACUUCGCGGACAUGAAUGCCACGCCGGUUUUUCAUCGCAGUGCGAUUCCAGUGCCUCGUGCUGAAGAUGGCCAGGUAGGCCUGCUGCCGAAGAUGAACGUUUCUGAGGCGGUUCGAUCACGACGGACCUGCCGGGCCUUCGAGCAGCGGCCUGUGUCCCAAGAAACCAUUGAGGAGCUGCUGUCGCGAGCUUCCCGCGCACCGUCUGGCGGCAACACGCAGCCAUGGCACAUAUAUGUUGUGGCUGGCUCGAAGCUGCGCGCCUUGACAGAUGCGGCUUUGGCACACCUGCAGGGUGCUGGCAAGCAGCACACCAUGCAGGAGGAGUACCAUCACUACCCGCGCAAAGCCGAAAUGCCUUCCGACAUGCAUGAGGCAUACAUGAGACGGCGCGUGCAGGUGGCCCAGAAGCUGUGGAAGUUGAUGGGUGUGGCGAGGGGGGACGCAGCAGGACGCCUUCGAGCACUGCUGGAGAACUAUCGCUUCUGGGGCGCUCCUGUGGGCAUGAUCGUCACUGUGGAUCGCUGUUGCGACCGAAAUGCUUGGGGACAUGCUGGGCUGCUUCUACAAACCAUCGCUCUGCUAGCUGUGGAGCAGGGCCUCGCUACCGCGAUGUUGGAAGCCUGGGGAAACCUUGGCAGUUGUGUGUAUGAUGUGCUCGGCAUCUCCUCCGACAGAGAAGUGGUGUGGUGUGGAGUGGCGCUGGGCUACCCUGACAGCUCUGCGAACUUGAGCAACGUGCCAACAGACCGCCUGGAAGUGCCGGAGUUUUGCAGAUUCCAGGGCUUUGUCACCAGCGCCAAACUGUGA